AUGGCAUUUUUUAGAUCAUCCAAGCAAGAUAUGCAAGAUAUUUCGGACAUUUCUCAUUCGAUGGAGAAUGUUUCGAUGAGUGACAUGGAUAUUGACUCGAAAUCGCAAUAUAAUAACUUAAACAAGGAGAAUAUCACGCCUGGUAACUCACCGACCAAAUCAAUUUUACAUAAUUCGCCUCAACAACAGUUAGCACGGUCUAGGUUUCCCCAGGGAGUAAAUUCUAAUAUGGAUUACGGCGACUUGAAGCUUCCAAAGUUGAAUCACAACGCACACACUCAUGAAAUUAAGACCCAUAAUGCAAAGACCAAGAGGUUAGCAUCUGUUGCACAGCUCUACUUUUUAGAUUACUAUUGCGAAAUGUUUGAUUAUGUGAUUAGUAGGCGCGACAGGACUAAGCUUGUGGAACAGAAAUUGAUGAACGAUCCUAAUUUUAAUGGAAAUGCUCAGAGACAACAGUUGGAAUGGAAGAACUAUAUUGGUAGAGAAAGGGCAUUAUUGAGAAAGAGGAGAUUGAAGCCUAAACACAAAGAUUUCCAAAUGAUCACUCAGGUGGGCCAGGGUGGUUAUGGGCAAGUAUUUCUUGCCAGAAAGAAGGAUACAAGAGAGAUUUGUGCAUUAAAGGUAUUGAACAAGAAAUUAUUGUUGAAGUUAGAUGAAACGAAACAUGUAUUAACUGAGAGAGAUAUCUUGACUAACACAAGAAGUGAAUGGUUGGUAAAGCUUUUAUACGCGUUCCAAGACCCGGAAAAGGUAUUUUUGGCUAUGGAAUUUGUUCCAGGUGGUGAUUUCAGAACUUUGUUGAAUAACACAGGAUACUUAAUACCUCCACAUGCAAGAUUUUAUAUAAGUGAAAUGUUUAUGGCGGUAAACUCAUUACAUGAGUUAGGUUUCACUCAUAGAGAUUUGAAGCCAGAGAACUUUUUGAUUGAUUCUAAAGGUCACAUUAAGCUAACGGACUUUGGAUUAGCCGCGGGCAAUGUUUCUAAUGAGAGAAUCGAAAGUAUGAGAUUGAAAUUGCAAAACUUACAGGAUUUGGAUGAUUACAAAGUACCAUCCAAGUUGAUGAUUGAAAGACAAAAGAUUUUCAAGAGAUCACAAGGGCACCAUAAUUUGGCUAACUCAAUUGUUGGUUCGCCCGACUAUAUGGCAUUGGAAGUACUUGAAGGGAAAAAUUAUGACUAUACUAUUGAUUACUGGUCACUUGGAUGUAUGUUAUUUGAGAGCUUAUGUGGCUAUCCACCUUUUUCAGGCUCUAAACAAGACGAAACAUAUUAUAAUUUAAAGAAUUGGAAAACUGCCUUAAGGAGACCUCAAACAAAAGAUGGCCGCUAUGUCUUUAGUGAUAGAACCUGGCAGUUAAUUGUUAAAUUAAUUGCCUCGCCUUCAUCUAGAUUAAAGAAUUUUAAGCAAAUUCAAGCUAUGUCCUACUUCAACGAUAUAAGUGAUUGGAAUAAAUUAAGAGAAAAGACACCUCCAUUCACUCCACAGUUAGAUAACGAAGAAGAUGCUGGUUAUUUCGAUGACUUUGAAGAUGAAGAAAGUAUGCAAAAAUACAAAGAUGUUUUUGCAAGACAAGAGCAUAAUGAACAAUUAUUAGAGAAUUCAAAUAAUAAAAAGGCGAAUAAUAAUUUUAUCGGUUUUACAUUCAAGCAUAAAUUGAAUCCGAACAAUAAAUUCCAGCAUGGGGAAAUUAAUCUAUUGGGUAAUAAUCAUAAUAGAUUAGAUCCUUUAGCUACCUUGUAUUGA